UCUACAUUCCGUUCUGCAGUUUCUUGCAGCAGGUUAACUUUGUGUAGUUAAAAAACAAUUCGGUCAUUAUGGUAAAAGCCUGGUACAUGGACUAUGAUAAAACCGAUCCGCGCGCAGAACAUCAAAGGAACCCACCGAAAUUUAUUUCUAUUGAAGAAUUGCCCAAGAAGACUGGCGUGGUGCUAUUCAAAUUAGAUUUGGAGACAUACGAAUCAGAUGGAGUACUGGAGAAGAUAAAGAAAGAACACGGAUAUACAUAUGAAGACGAAAUAACUAUUUCUAAAGAAUGUUUACCAGACUAUGAUGAAAAAUUGAAAUCUUUCUUUACGGAACACUUGCAUGCCGAUGAAGAGGUCAGGCUUGUUACAGAAGGAUCUGGUUACUUUGAUAUUCGAGACGGACUCGACGAGUGGAUUCGCAUCAAAGUGACUCCCGGAGACCUCAUUAUCAUACCAAGAGGGAGCUACCAUCGUUUCACCCUCGACAACAAUAAUUACUUGAGAGCUCGACGCUUGUACGAAGAUGAGCCAGGUUGGCUCACACACAACCGGCCGGCGGACGACAUGGCCUGCCGUAAGAAAUAUGUCGAACAACAAAAGGAAGGCUUCAGUUCUGAAAAUUGAUUUUUUACUUGUGAACUGUGCAAUAAGAAAUAAAUA